AUGGUUGAGGCCCAAGAACAUCCAGAGCAAAAGUUAGAGCAGUACAUUGCUUUUUUUUUGACAAAGCUCAUCAGGUUCAUUCAAAUAGUCAUUCCUCUAAUUGCCAAAUUCAGUAAAGAGCAUCCUAAUGUUUUUCUGACUGUAUCAAUCGUGUUGAUUAUCUAUACGUCAUGGCGUCUCAUUUGUAACCUCGCAACUAUUUUGAAGAGGAUGCUAUUCGUGACGCUCAGCCUGUUUAUCAUAUUUUUAUUUUUGCGGGGGUUUGAUCAAGUUGUGUUCAAGGACAUGCCACUGCUUUACAGUUUGAUAAAGCAAAACAGGGAUCUCGAGAUUGUAUUUUCCAGAUGGACCUCUUAUCUUUCCAAGUCAUCUGCGGAUCAUUCGACUGCGGUAGUGAGCUAUCUUUCAUCCAAGCUGCGGGAGUUGUUCUGA